AUGGAAUACCCACCGUCAGACGUCGCCAGUUCUUUCACGAAAUUCCAGGACGAUGCUAGCAGUAUUUCGUCGACGGAUUCUGAUUAUUUGAUGGAUCUUGGAGAUUCGUCUUACAAUAACGAAACCGUAUUACCCAAAUCUGAUCCACAUUCUCCGUUUUUCAUCAGCGUUCCCAUACCAAACCAGGCAGGUCUACUGGGCAAUUAUUCGGACUCCAACACCGAUUUACAGAACGACGUCGUACGCGAAUAUCCCACCGAUAUUCUUCUGGACAGGUUUACUAAGUGGCGUAAAAUUUUGAAGGGCCUUAUCGUUUACUUGCGAGAAGUUGCGUAUGCGCAGGAGCAAUUUGCACGCAUCAAUUUCCAGAUUAGAAGCGCGGUCAAAUUCCCGUUUUUGACCGACUUGGAAGAAAAUACAAAUCGGCUCAUUGAUCCUUUACUGCAGAAGCCUAAAAGACCCACUGGCGCAGCUUCGUCAUUGAAUAAAGUUAGAAGUCUCGAGGAUGACACGAACGCCGCGGCUCAAGAGCCAAAUGCCACUGAUCCUGCGCGAGUUAUCGACGCCAGUGACUCCUCUGCAUCUUCUGGCUUCAUGAAAUUUGGUUCAGGGUCCAUCCAGGACAUCCAGGUGAUCCUUAAGAAGCAUCAUUUAUCCAUGGCUGGCCAGCAAUUGAAAACCUCGAAAGAGUUGACCGCGGUUGUGAUUCCGAGGCUAGAAGAUCUCCGCAGGGAUCUUCAGGCCAAAAUCAAAGAAAUUAAGGAUCUACACGGUGACUUUAGAACUAACAUUAGCGAACAUGUUGCACUAACCGGUCAACUAUUGCAAAAAUAUACAGCAUCGGUCAAGUUUUUGUCGACGCAGGCCAAAGACGGCGAUGUUAUCAAGCUCAAGAAGGAUCAACAUUUGAAACCGAAACACGAUCCCUAUCUUUUGAAAUUGCAAUUAGAUCUUCAGCUCAAGAGACAACUCUUGGAAGAAAACUAUUUGCAGGAAGCCUAUAUCAACCUGCAAUCUUCAGCAAUGGAGUUAGAGAAAAUAAUUUAUGGAGAAAUCCAGCACACGCUGCAAAAAUAUUCCGCUCUCGUCGAUUCUUUGUCACGCGCUUCCAUUAACAAUCUUUGUAUGGAGUUACAAAGAGGUCUGCUUAGUAAACCUCCAGCGUGUGAGUGGGAUCAUUUUGUUUGCUAUCAUCCUAAAUGUCUCAUCAAAUGGAAAUCUACUGAGCCAGUUCCACAGCCGAGAAAGCUCUCCGACAUAAGGUACCCCAAGAUGAAAUCUCCUUUAGCCAAGUGCAUUCGUGCAGGUUAUUUGCUCAAGAAGUCCAAGAUUUUGAAAAACUAUAACAAGGGCUAUUUUGUUCUUACAAGUAACUAUCUGCAUGAGUUCAAAGGUAGUAAUUUCUUCAAGUCCCAGGAUAGUGGCGAGAAGAAAGAUCAUGGUGAAGUUCAGGCAGGACACAAGAAAAGAGCCAUGCUCCCUAUUAUGAGUUUGCCCUUAAACGAUUCAGUCUUAGUCGAAAGCACUUCGAACAAAUUCACUUUGCAUGGUCUUACCACCUUUAACAAUAUCGAUAGAAAAACCUCAACCGAAACAGGUAAGAUCAUCUCGAAGUCGACGUCAUCUAUUGGUAAGUUUUUGAAAGCGACUGGACCCAAAACACAACAGAGUAAGAAGCACCAACAUCAAAUGCGUGCGGAAGAUGUGGAUGACCACAAGCCGGCUUUACAAGAAUCUGAGAAAGUCACAACUUGGGACUUCAAAACGGUUGGUCAUGGUGACACGCAAGAAGAUGCAAGAGACUUUAAAAAAUGGGUUGGCGAAUUGCGUAACCUGACCUCAUUCAAUAACAACGUGGAAAGAGCAAAGUUCAUAGAGGACAAAAUUUUAAGGGCCCAUUCAAGGGCGGCAAGUUCCCUCAGUCUAUUGAAAAAUGUGUCAGACUCGAGCACCGUAAGCUUGAGUCGCAUACCUUCGUCGACUACGACGCUACCACGUGCGAACAGAUCAAACAGGCCCGAUUUCAUUAACCUGGGACCUCAAACUUUUGCAGAUCCUGCUGCUGCUCGUGCCAAGGUGAAUACUCCAGCCAUUGAUGAUCACGGGAACCUCAUCACCACGAGCGGUAAAACAAAUCUCUCCCUUUCUGGAUUAUCACUGGCUUCACCAAAAAUUUCUCCUGCGAGCACACCCCAUAGUCAGUCCAGCCCAGGUCGUCCCGCUAAACCGGAUGUACAGGCAAGUGGUGAUAAUUUAGAGGGGUAUUUUGGCUUCAAACAGAUUGUGGCUUCGCCUCAUCAUCCGAAUGUAUCGCCGCCAUUGGUCGUAUCGCCACCUGCAAAGACGUCAACAAGUGUGUCACCCUCGGGAAUCCCGCAACGUCCGCAUGGACAUCACGAAAGACACGUAUCAUCGACGUCAGCCGCGGCAAGUGAAGCCAAUUCUGAUCAGUCGUCAACUAACGCUCCAAUUAACUCGCCGGGAAGCACUGCCUCCGCGCCUAGCGGAGGUGGAUACUUUGCGAUACCUGUGCGCAAAACGUCACAAAACUCGACACCAGGAAGCGUUCAGAUCGAACCGAUUGCAUUCCCGGGAGAGUCUGCGAGUCAUAUUGGUGUUCCUAGAGUUCGCGUCAACGAUCAAGAUGUGCAUGGUAUGCUACCCAGCUCGGCCGAGAGUCCAUCAUUGAACAGGACCAAGCCAGCUUAUAACUUGAAGAAGACGGGGAGUGCAGGCAGUGUCCCUACUGUAGAGGCGGAAGGCGUUCAUAGCGUCUACAAGAAUACCAAAUUGAAUAAUAGCGGCCAUAGUUUGGUCUCCGGCAAAAGUCAGGCCCUGAGAAAACAUCGUAAAAACGUCUCGUUUGGUUCCUUGAACAAUCUGUUGUUCUCAAAACGAACCGGCGAGCACGGGAUUGGAAGUGUUAUGACUGAUCACUCGUUCUCGGCCACCGACAACAAGCAUGAAAGCCAGGAUUCCGGUGCCAUUAAUGUCCAUCGCUCUCUAUAUUCAUAA